UCUGUUCUGUUCUUAUACUGUUCUCUCGCUUCAAUUGAGUGAAGCACGCUUGACCCACCCUGCAGUUGGCAAUACAAAGUACGAUGGGUGAACGUUGGAUGAUUCAAUCUGCGUUCGAUUCAAAUCCAGCCUUUCCUGAUUCAGCUGGAAUGCUGAACGAAGAGGCGAGCCUGAUUAGAACCAUGAAUUCGUCCGCAUACUUGCAACAGGAGGAGGUGCCAGAGGUGAAAGACGAGUCUGGAGAAAACCUGUGUCUUAUUGUGGCUAUCUGCCUAUUUGUUGCAACCACCACGACAUUCUUAAUUGCGAUCUGGCUCAUGAACGAAUCCAGAGGAGGUCCACCAGAUGGUGAUACAGUACCACAUCCUCCUCUAUACACGGUUACUUUACCCAAAAUCAGCCCCAGCCGAGAUCGUUACGAAGUUGAACCUACAGAUUAUGAUUAUGAUCCACACAUUAGGACGGGGACAACGCCGAUCUCGGUAUCGAGAACUUGGCCAUCGCCGCCAAUCACUACCCCAUCGCCGCCGACAACGCCGCGGCAGAUAGCACCGACAACACAGACAACGCCGACAACGACACCGCAGACAACACAGACAACGCCGACAACGUCGACAACGACACCGCAGACAACGCCGACAACGAUAACGCCGACAACGUCGACAACGACACCGCAGACAACGCCGACAAUGCCGACAACGACACCGCAGACAACGCCGACAACACGGACAACGCCGACAACGAUAACGCCGACAACGUCGACAACGACACCGCAGACAACGCCGACAACGCCACCGGAGACAACGCAGACAACGACACCGCAGACAACGCCGCCGAAGACAACUCCGACGACGACGCCAGCGACGCGGCCAACGACACCAACAACGCAGAGAACGCCAGCAACGCAUUCAACAGAUGCUACCACAGACGCUGACGGCAAUAUCAUCUGCGGGACAGAAGACUGCAAAUACAUGCGCUGGCUGAUUGACAUGUCUGUAGACGCGAACAAAAAUCCCUGCGACAAUUUCUACACUUACGUUUGUAGCGGAUCUUUUCAUACAUUUACCUAUGAUGACGACGGGGACUUCACUUUUACACAGAUAUACAAGAACAUAACCGCCAGCGUACGGGAGGACAUGAAAAAAGCUAGUGUACCCACAAGCGGACAGAGCGCAUACCAGAAAGCAGUAGCGUUUUACAGACAUUGCAAAGCUGCUGACAAGACCACCACGCUCCUUGGGAUCAGGACGUUUUUGAUGCAUCUCGGAAUGGACAUCACUAAGCCCAUGGCAUUCGACCCUCUGGACGUCUGGGUACGCUUCCUAGUGGGCAUCGACAUUCCUCUUAUAUAUGGCAUGUAUCUACAGGAUUUGUUCAAUGGAACCAUCUUUCUAACGUUCUAUAAGCAGAGGACCUUUUUAAAUAGACUUAAGAACGUAACUGACAACCGAGAUGAGAUCAAAACUAUACUAACGGAAAUCUUCUCGACCAAUAUUAAUGCGAGCCUUGUUGAGAGUGUUGUAGAUGCCGAAAAGAGGGUCAUCGAGGAAUAUCGCGCAGCACCCGGGAACCUAAGCGUAACAGAAGCAUACCAAAAGAAUCGUACUAAAUGGGGGGGAAUCGUUUACUUGGAAACAUUGCUGGGGAGAGAGAACGACUAUGAUCUCGGUAAACGACUAAGGGAUUCAGUCUUAAAUCACACAGAAUCCGAAGUAGGGCGAGUACUACUAUACGAUGUGCCGGCCGAUAUCUAUAUCAGGGAUAUCCUGUGCUUCAACAACUUCUUCGGAAAACAUAAGACGAUCGCAGAAAGUGACCUGAGACUGUAUUUUACGUGGAGGACUGUCUCUUACCUUCAUAACAUCACGCGGGAAUUUUAUGGGCCAGACCGAAAAUGUUUCUAUUAUACCCGGCGACUGCUCCGUGUCGCUUCCUUAUCCAAGCUGAUGCAUAGUGUAGUGAACACUGCCAGGUUGGACAUUGUCAACGCAAUAGUGGAUGCUUGCAUGGCCGAAGUGAGCCAGUCAUUCGGCAGCUCUGCAUUGCUCACCAAUCAGUUUGAACGCACGAGUGCUCAAGAGAAGUUAUCGAACAUGAGAAAGUACAUCGGCUUUCAACCAAAGUUUGACACCCUGGAGAAAACGAACGAAUACUAUCGCACACUCCCAGACUUAAGCGGUCCGUUCAUCAUGGAUUACUUGCGCGUUCAAGAGUACAGGAACGCAUUGCGAUUUAGACUAUUCGGGACAAAUCGAAGCGAGUACGUGAGAGAACUGGAACUGAAACCGCUUCCAAUGGACGAUAUCAACGCCGGUAACGUCCGCCAGAUUAACACCAUCAAGGUUGCACCUGGUGCUAUGCUCCGCCCGUUCAUAACUGAGGGAGGGCCUCCGGAAGUGAACUUUGGUGCAUUCGGCCGUGUCAUCACGCACGAAGUUAUGCACGGAUAUGACCUGAUAGGACGUCGAUACGAUCAGCACGUAAACCGCAGAAAUAUUUUUAGUUCUGCCACUAUGAAAAACAUCAACGCUCAAAUAGCGUGCUACAACGCAAGCAUAGAGCACGUCCCAACAGCAAGACGGUAUAGUGAAUAUCCAAACGAGUAUCUGGCUGACGUCAUGGGUACUAUGUCAGUGUUUAGGGCGUACCAGAAGGCUGUGCAGACAUCGAAGGUGUCACUCGGUAGAGUGAAAAGCUUAACCAGGGAGCAGAUCUAUUUCGUGUCGUGGUGUCUGCUGUGGUGUGGCAAAGAUUACAAACCUGAUCGAGUUGCACCUGACCAUCCGCCGCUUCAUGAGAGGUGUAAUGUACCCUUAAUGAACGAUGAUAACUUCAGCAAGGCAUUUUCUUGCAAACCUAAUGACCCAAUGAAUCCUCCACAGAAGUGUCCCUUUUGGUAGGCCUUUCAACGUGCAAAGUAAAGCCAGACUUCACAACA